AUGAAUUCUACACAUAUCAAACUGGAUAAUAGCGGAAAUGGCCCACUCAAAGUUCCUGGCUUCAAUGGCGUGCCGGUGUUCUACGAGCACUCUAAAGCCAAUCGCUUUGCUCAUGGAAUCGCUGACUGGCAACAAAUUCCCCAGUUGUUUGUGAACGAAGUGACCAUGUUGCAAUUUAUGUCAUACGUCACCGAUCAACCAGAUUGGGAGAACAAGGUGACUGAUCCUCAGGUAUUAGAGGAGUGGCAUCAGCAUGCAUAUGCAGUCUUUGAUUUUAGCGAACACUCGUGGAAGUGGUGUGUUCAGGAGCUACAGGACAAGGCUCUGGAUUUCAAACGCACCGGCCGCGUCGCUGCGUUUGACGUUGGUUCACGAGUUGUCAAAACCCAAGUACCAACCGACCUGCUUGAAGAGAUGAAUGAUGCCUUGGCACCACUUUUCAUCAAAGAAGGCUCGUCAGCAAUCUCCGGUGAUCUUACUCAUGCGGCUCGCAGGGCAAGCCCCGUCCGACACGUGGUUGACCCUUUCAUGUACCCGCUCGUCUUCGGACAUACUCGAGUGCUUGAUCAAGGGGGCCGAGUUGAUCUUAAAAAACCCGAGAACUGGGAGUUUUCCAACACGGAAAUCGCUCCAAUCCCCGAGCGGCCAUGGGACCGUUGUGAACGCGACGAUCCUGAGAUGCAUUAUCAUGAAAGAGACCAAGACGCUUGGCGGAAUGAUUGGCGCGGACAUAGCAAACCUGAAUUGUGGUCCAAUGCCUUUCAAUGCCUCCCUUGUGAUGUCGCUUUUGACAAAGACGGAGCACCGAAAAUAACUUCCUACGUGAAUGGUGUGCAUCCCGCAGAGCAGAAAAUUUACUCUGUGUUCGAGCAUCUGAUCUCGACCGCCAUUGAACCUUGGAAUGAAAUGCUCAUUAAGGACGGUAAAGAUCGCACACCGCGACGAAUCAGAACCUACAACUUUCAGGUGGACGGCACUGAGAGUACUCCUAAACUGUGGUGGGAUAUUAACCGGCUUGAGAAUGUUUCGAGCGAUUUAAGGAAACAGCUUUUGCGAGAUAUGAAGCCUCGAAUCAAAGAGUAUCUGUCUCUUCCCGAGCCAGAAAGACGGUACCGUAUAUACCGAGACUCUGGCCAUCACAACCUUCUCCCUGCCGAAAAGUCAGCUAUUUGGAAUCUUCCCAGAAAGAUCAUAAAUCUCAUUGCGCAAAAAUUCGAUCGCCUAUACGCCGUAAGAGGUGUCGAGCCGGGCAUUUCCUUUACGUACAAUGAAUGGAAAGCCGGUGUCAACACUGGCCGGCCGAUCAUGCACAAGUUCAUUUGGCCUGAUUCCAAUGGAGAGCCCUCACCUCCUGAUCCAGACCACGAAUACUACUCUGUUUCUCUCCAGAAUCAAUUUGCAGGCCUGCAGGUGAUUAUACGAGUCUCUGCUGUUCAGCUUACCCCCGAAAAGCCAUCUUGGGCUGGUGACGCACAUCCCCGCCCUGUGGGUAAUCUCAAUGAGCAUAUUGUCUCGACAGCUGUCUGCUACUUUGACAUGCACAACAUCCGGGAUGCGAAACUUUCUUUCGAACAAGAGAGCAUGGUCGAUAUAGAUGAUUUUGACAUUGACCAAUGGAAGGCCAUCAAUAGCGUUCAUGGCAUACCCAACUCCGACGAGCUAGAGCACUGUCCAGAUGCGUUGCAGACUCUGGGAACAAUCUCGAUCCGGCGUAAGGGCCAGUUUGUCGCUUGGCCCAAUGCCAUGAGGUACAAGGCUGAACCACUCAAGCUGGCAGAUCUGGCGCAGCCAGGUCAUCUUCGAUUUGUGACUUUAUGGUUGGUCGAUCCGCAUUAUCGAAUAUGCUCAACCCAAAAUGUGCCUCCCCAGAACCCGGACUGGAUGGGUCCAUCUCAUGCUAUGCAGGCCAAGCAUGUAUCCAAUACAAUGAGCGCUGAGCAAGCGGAAAUGUAUCGUAAGCAGAUGAAGGAGGAUAGAGACAAGAAAACAAAGAAAAUUGUGGAGUCUGUAUGCUUGUAUUAUAACUACAUGUCGGAUCUCUGGCAUUGCGGCGAGGGAAUCAAUUACCGUGUUUGA